CCAUUUACAUCGUCAAACGCACGCUGACCAAGGCUUUAGUGAACACCUUCCCUUUCGCCACUCUCCUCCUCUGCACUCUUGCUACGCCGCAUGUUUUUCGCAGCAAAGAGAGAACGGAGGACUUCCAUUCGUUGAUCCUUAACCACAAUUCCCUGUGCUCACCGCAGGUCUCAUGGCGAAAGGGGCGACCCAAGGGGCGCAAAGCGCUCCUAAAGCAGAACGGUUCAAGACACGAUCCUUCAAACGCUUCUCGGAACCUUCGAAACAUAGUAUUGAUGCCAGUGCACUGGCCGCCUGUGACGGGCUCAACUCUUCGGUCGUCUCGCGAGAGGCUGAUAUUGACCUAAAAGACGAAAUUGCUUUGCCAGCACCAAUUGCUUAUGGCCGAUUCUAUGGCACAUGGGAUGAUGAUCAUGGGUGUGUACGCGACCUCGAGCCUAUACCUGGUCAUGAACACCUCUUCCAUUCAUCCACUGCGGAAACGCCCAGGCCCGUGUCAGUCGUCGUGCUUUCUCGCGAGGAGUUUGAUGCUCUCGAAAACAAGAAUAAUUCGAGAGACGAUGGUACCUCUGUGGACAAGGGAAAGGCUCUAAUCACAACAGUUCGGAAAGCAAUACGCAAGAAGCCCGUUACAACAAGAGCGAAGAUUCUGAAAAGAACACGUUCAGUCGCUCGUCUCGACGUUACGGAACCUAAGCAGACUGUGCCGGCUUCGAAGACGGAAUCAACACAAUUUUUCAUCGGCAACCAGACAGCGUUAGGGGAAUUUUACGACUAUCAUCUGAAGGAGAUGGGAAUGAUGGUCUCUAAGAAGCUGGCGUGGAAUUGGAUUCAGGUACGGUGGCCUAAGAGGAGCGGCGGCUACCCGUACCUAAAAAAGAUUCCAAAAACGGAUCCCCCAGAGUACGAAGAACCUCGUGGGUACAAUGGGCCAGUUCCUGGUUGGCCUACUGGUAUUAUCUAUACAGAACCCGCACACUUACCCGGGCCUCAGGUCAGGAAACUCCUUACUUACCUCUUGAGGGCUCAUCGAGAAUUUAAGGGAACCAAAGACUGGGUUGGGACACUUCAAAAGUGUGCCCAGUCUUACGUGGAAGUGGGAUUCAAAUUGGGCAAGGACUACUCAUCGAGCAUAGACCCGACAUUUCGAAAGUUAAGAGAGGAGAGAGUUAAGUCCUCUUUGGAGGCUUGUUAUGAAAUGGCUAAGAAGGAAGAGGAUUUCUACGCUGCUUAUAACCUGUACUCGGUAGAGGACACUGAUCACCCAGAGAUGUAUGGUUGGGCAAAUAUUACCUGGACUCGUAUGGAGAAGAUACCUCGACCUAGGCAACAACCGAAACGGCGUCGCUGCAGCCCAAGCCAGGGACUGGAGGAAGAUGCAAGAUCAACGGAUUCUGAAGAUGGCAGCGAAGUAGACGUGGGGCAUGUUACUUUAGGGGAACCUUGUAGCAGUGCAUCUACCACUACGUUUCAGAGUUCUCUAACGCCUCCGACACCUCCAUCGAGUUGCCGAAGAUACCCUGGUAUGGCUCUGCCGAUCAGUAAUACUACCGGCUCCAUCAUACCAUCUUCGAUGGGCGUGGGAGCUACUACUCCUGCCCCCAAUCCACCCACCCUUGAUAGACAGUAUACUUGGACCUACGCCCCUCAAAUAACGAUUUCAGCUUCUGCACCAUCGCUGGAUCAGUCGGCGCAUGAACACCGCAUGGAUCAACUCAAGGAUGCAAGAGUAGGAUAUAGCGUUUCCGCCGAUCCUUUCAGCCUGCAGCAAUCUCCAAACAUGAUCCGUUCACAAGAUACUUUCAAGCCCCAGUCCGUGGAUAUUUCUGCGGGUUCUUGGGCGGUCCCUCACCAUCACCAAGACAUGCCUAUAUACAUGUCAGGCUUUACUUCAGAACAGCUCGGAUAUCCUGAUAUGAGGAGCGAUCCCACACUGGUAUCAUAUCCGGCUCCGUUGCAACCAAAUGAUCAUCUUUUCGCUCGCUCCUCUCGCAUGGCAACAACCGAGCCUCCCGCCGACAGCAGAGCCUGGAUUGAUAUGUGGGCUGAUACACAACAUUCUGCCGGUCACUUCUCCCCUGAUGUCAUAUACGCAACGAGUCAACUUCCUAUCCGAUCAAGCUCUCCCACGCUUCCACACCGCCUCCCUUGUUGAAAUCGAAUGCCUAUGAAUGAGUACUUGCCAUUAACUAUUUUCUAUUUG